CCAUUUCAGGAAUGCCUUUGCCGGUGUUGCAGAAAGUAUUAGGACACUCUAAAAUCUCUACUACUGCCUUAUACAUUCGGGAUGGAGAUUUAAUCACCCGAAUAAUUGAAGAAUUCUUGGAAGAAACCAAAAAAUCUUUACUAAAAGGUGAAGAAAUCAGAUUACAAGGUUAUUUCACUUUAAAAACUGCCAUGACUACUCCACGAAUAGCCAUGAACCUCCAAACUAAGAAAAAGAUGAAAGUUCCCGCUAAAAGAGUGCCAAAGUGCAAGUUUAGUUUAGGUUUGAAGGAGGAGAUUA